GGUGGGUCGGUGGGUCGGUGGGCGGUGGAGGGGAAGCAUUGAGACCAUAAAAUGUAUGACUGCACUGCCUCCUCUCAGAAGCCUGGGGACACAGCAGUCACCUUGCAGCAGCUCACGACCAACGCCAGUGUACGGUGACAGAUAAGAAGAGUUUACUGACGUGCAUUGCUGUAGUGUAUCUGUUGCCGCCCCGCCCCGCCCCGCAGACACCAAGGACAGGCAAGCAAUGGGGAAGCUUGGAGCAGACAGGAUCAUGGUGGCACUGCUGGCGACCCUCGCCGCGGCUGCCCUGGCGAAUCCUCAAGUGACACCGCAGAUGAGCAACGCGCCUUUCACUGCGGAAGAGGAAUUUUCAAAUUACGAACGCACACUUAUCCAUAAAGAAAAUGAGACUCUCGCUGAUGAAGGAAAGCUUCGCCAAUAUGUAUACUAUUCCAACGCUAGGAAUGCAACUGAACCUAAAUCUAACUUGAACGACACUGAAUCUCUCUUUGGUGAAACGCGUCGGGAAAUUAUUGCUAUUAACUCUUCCAACGCUAGAAAUUCAAUUAAUUCUAAAUAUAAAGCGAAUGAGACAGACAUUGUCGAUGAUGGGAAACUGAGACACGACUUACAUUCUCUGAAGUCUGAUAUUGAGUCAGUAUUUCGGUUUAAUGAGACAGAAAUUGUCGAUGAUGAUGAUGGCAAAGUGCCCCACGACACACACUUCAUCAAAUCCAACGUUGCUGAUUCGCUGAAGUCUGAUGUUCAGUUAAGACUUCGGGUUAAUGACACAGAAGAUCUCGAUGUUGGAGAAGUGCGGCAGGUCAAGUCGUCCACUACCACCACCACAAAAAAGCCACUUUCUUUGAGUGUUGCGGAUGAUGAGAUGGAAGUAGAGAGGGAUGACCGAGACCAGCAAAGAAUCACCCAUUGGUAGCUGUGCAGCCGUUCCUGCUUCGACCACCACCAAGGAAGCCACCUGAUGACGACACCUUUGGCUAGACAGCUCCGUGCCCUUCAAGACGCACCAGGCCGCAGGACUGACCACUGACCACUGACCGCUGACCCCUGACCCUUGACCCCUGACCACGCUGGAACAUCUUACAGUUUACAGUUGACACCUUCAAGGAAGACAGACGCUUUCAUUGCAUGUGUUGUGUUGCUGACGCCAAAGUCUGCAUGGCCAGUUCUUCGCAUCGCUUCACACUGCAGUGAAGCAACAACUACUUGAACCUCGUAACAAUUCUUUCAGUUAAUUUUUUUCACACAAUGUAAUUGUUCUCGUUUUGUCAAAAUUGUAUUAAAAGUUUCUUGCUCAUGUACUGCACCACGUAUAGAAUGAUCUAGAGUUGCAUGAAUUCACGAUACGACAGUGUCUGUAUGAAUCAUUUGGCCAAACAAUAAAUUGAGCAUGUCA